GUGUCAAGUCAGCUAACAAUACGUAGGCUAUUUGCGAGUUUAACAAUAUUUGCCAUUUUUAGUAAUACAAAUACGGGCGAAAAUUCAGUAUACUCUUCAUUUUUUUUGCUGGAUAUAUCUUUAUUUUAAACGCUUUAUGCACCCUCAGACUUGCACGUUUUUUUUGGUUAAACCUUUACGCUACAUUUUAUGCUUCAACGUCCGAUGUAGUUGAGGCUGAACUAACCGUAGUAGACUUGAUGCGGCUCAGACAGGAGGCAAUCGGUCUUCAGUGGUUAGCCCUUUAUAGAGACGGAAACAUGGUGUCCUCUGCGGUGCUAUUUGUUUUAACGGUUGGUUCUAUCUGUGGAGAAGCUGCUGCAGAAAGACAACUAGUAUAUGUCACUGUGCUGUUUCGACACGGUGACCGGUCACCAAUCAAACCCUUUCCCACCGACCCUCACCAAGAGAGCGACUGGCCUCAAGGCUUUGGACAGCUAUCACAGGAGGGGAUGAGGCAGCACUUUGAUCUGGGCCACUUUCUGAGGAAGCGAUACAAAGGCUUCCUUAACGAGUCCUAUGAGAGACACGAGAUCUCAGUUCGCAGCACAGACUACGAUCGCACCCUGAUGAGUGCAGAGGCCAACCUCGCAGGUCUCUACCCCCCCGCUGGUGAGCAGGUCUUCACACCGAACUUGCCGUGGCAGCCGAUACCUGUACACACGGUGCCUCAAAGUGAAGAGAGGCUUCUUUCUUUUCCACUGGGGGACUGUCCUCGCUACAAACAGCUGAUGAAUGAAACUGAAAACACAGAGGGAUUUAUUAAUGUCACCACGACAUACCAGGACAUCAUAGAGCUGGUGAGGAAUAAAACAGGGCUGAACAACACUAAUGUGGAGACAAUCUGGAGCGUGUACGACACACUCUUCUGUGAGUCCUGUCACAACAUGUCAGCUCCUGACUGGGUGACUCCCGACGUCAUGGAGAAGCUCAGAGUGCUCAAAGACUUUGGAUUUCAGAUCACUUUCGGGUUCUACAAACAAGAAGAAAAGAGCCGGCUGCAGGGAGGUAUCCUAUUGGGUGAAAUAGUGAAGAAUCUUUCCAAGAUGGCCGUCCCAGAUACGAAACUGAAACUGAUGAUGCUGUCAGCGCACGACACCACUGUCGCUGCUCUUCAGUCCAGCCUGAAUGUGUUCAAUGGAAGACAGCCGCCAUAUGCCUCCUGUCAGAUAUUUGAGCUGUACAAGGAUGAUAACGGCUCUGCUUCUGUGUCGAUGUUUUACCGGAAUGACAGCACAGUGGCGGCGUUCCCUCUGCAGUUGCCGGGCUGCUCCCUUGACUGCCCUCUAGAUGAGUUUGUGAGAAUUACAAAGCUCUCUAUUUCAGAAGACCGAGAGAAAGAGUGUCAAGUGCCUUCAAAGGGGAGAGAUAAAGAGGUGAUCGUCAGCCUGGCCGUGUCCGGCUCUCUGCUCCUCUUCCUCAUCGUCAUCCUCCUCUGCGUUAUUUGUUGGCAGAAGGAGCCAAUCGGCAACCGGGGAUACCACCACGUGAUCAACCAGGACGCCAGAGAGGAAUCCUGACAGAAGCACAAACUCCUCCCUCGGAGAUCGGCGAGCCUGGCAUCUUGGGACAGCAGCGAUGACGAUGGACUUUGAACUGUAAAACUCCAUAAAGGGACAUUUUGAUGGUUCAUCAACACGUUCGGGACCAACAACAAUUAGGUUUGUUUUGGGUGAGAUGGAUUUUAGAGAAGCAAAAUGUUUCCUUAUCACUCUUAACUAGCAUGAGUGAGGAGUGAGGUGUUGUUAGAGGGACCAGGACCGGUGAAGAAAGCCCAGCAGGGACAAGCUUUUGUAUCUCAACAGUUUGUCAGCUGAAGUACCUGCUGUGUCCCACGUCGUCUAAUCUCCAAUCAGCCAAAUAAUAUCUACAUCCAUGUCCCAGAGUUCUACUUGGAAAGACACUGUCCGUCGUUCAGUCUGGGUAUCUUUGUGCUUUUUUGGGACUUGAAUGGCUGCACAAAAGUUUGAUUCAAUGCAGAAAAUGUUGAUACAGUUGUGAUAUUUAAUAAUGUAAUUAUGGGUCUGGAUGUGACGGACACUGGUGAGUGGAGACUUUACUUUAUUACAAAAAGUGUAACAUUUUGACUUAAAGCAUUUUUAGUCACUUAGUUUUAUUUAAGACUGAAUCGCAGCACAGAAUGUUUCCAGAACUGUGUCCACAAGAGAAAGAUCGUGUGUGUGUGUGUGUGUGUGUGUGUGUAAUCUGAGGCCUAAUGACCACGGUGCCUUAAAUAAUAUUUGUAUGGGGUGUUUUUGUUCUAAUGUAUCUCAUCAUUUGUAGGAUUUCAAGCUUUUGAUUUGAACUGUCAUUCCCCCAGAGACAGCUGACUUGAGCCUCAUGAGAGGAAGCAUCCACCCCAACUGUCCUUCAGCAAGUCACUAAAGCACCAGCAAAAUACAUUUCUACUUUUUUUUUGUGUCAACAAGAAUCAAAUGAGUUUUGCGAUCAUGUAAACCAGCUGUCUGCAGAUCGAGCGUCCAUAACAACAGAAUAUGUUUACUUUCUUGUCUUAUGAAAAAGUGGAUAUGAAUACUUUGUAAACACUGGAAAUUGGUACGUGUGUUAUUAAAUCUCGCUGCCUUUAAAAGUCAGCUUUGAAUUAUUUUAAAAAUAAAACAAACUGUUUUGUCUUUGAGCCAAUCAAUUCAAAUGAAAAGAAAAUAUAUAUUACAAUAAGUAUAGAUCACAGAGCAGACCUCACCAUGAUCAUGUUUUUCUUGUUUGUCUACUCAACUUGGCAGUGAGCUGGUCAGCUGCUGUCUUGACUUGAUUUCAGAUGUUCCUUA